CCUCUUCUGAUCCUAGUAGCAGACUUUCAACUUCACCGCCACCACCUCCAAUUGCUGUGCCUCUUUUGGAAAUGGGUUUUUCACUGAGGCAGAUUACAAAAGCCAUGGAAGCCACAGGUGCCAGAGGAGAAGCAGAUGCCCAGAAUAUCACAGUGUUGGCAAUGUGGAUGAUCGAACACCCAAGUACAGAAGAAGAUAACGAGCCACAGUCUGCAAUCACUACAGAUUCAUGCCUUGGAGCAACUGCUUCAGGCAGUGGUGAUAAGUCGAGAGAUCAGGGCUAUUUCCAGUCACCUGGAGAAAUACCUUCUGUUGAUGCCACAGAGCUGGAGGAAGGGUUCAGUGAAAGCCCAAAUCAAUUGGAUCAAGAAGAAAGUGGUUCAUCUACCAAUAUACCUUCUUCCAGAAACCGUUCAACUGUAACUAGAAGGCAAAAGUUUGAGGUAGCAGCUCGAACUCUGUUAGCACGUGCAGCAGGAUUGUACCGUUCAGUUCAGGCUCAUCGAAACCAAAGCCGGCGAGAAGGGACAUCGAUGGCACAAGACCCAGCUGCUCUCUAUGACUUUAACCUCGAUGAAGAAUUGGAGAUUGACCUGGAUGAUGAAGCAAUGGAAGCCAUGUUUGGUCAUGACUUUGCAAGUGAUAGUGAUAUAUUGGGGAUGUGGAUUCCAGAGGUACUGGACUGGCCAACAUGGCAUAUUUGUGAGUCUGAUGAAAGAGAUGAAAUAGUCAUCUGUGAACUCUGUGAUGCAAAUGUUGGUCAGUUUAAUCACCACAUGAAGAGAAACCAUCCAGGAUGUGGACGUAGUGCCAACCGUCAAGGCUAUCGCAGCAAUGGGUCCUAUGUGGAUGGAUGGUUUGGUGGUGAGUGCGGGAGUGGAAAUCCGUACUAUCUCUUGUGCAGUGGCUGUAGGGACAAGUAUCUGGCCAUGAAGAGCAAGACAAAAGCCCCAAUUUCAGAAAGAUACAAAGGCCAGGCACCAGAUCUGAUAGGCAAGCAAGAUAGCAUAUAUGAAGAAGACUGGGACAUGUUAGAUAUUGAUGAGGACGACAAGCUAACUGGAGAGGAGGAGUUUGAGCUGUUAGCUGGACCCCUUGGCCUGAAUGAACGUAGAAUUGUACCUGAACCAGUACAGUUUCCUGACAGUGAUCCUCUGGGAGCAUCUGUUGCCAUGGUAACAGCAACCAACAGUAUGGAAGAAACACUUAUGCAAAUUGGUUGCUUUGGAUCUGUAGAUAAACAUUCAUCUGGUAGAGUGACACUUGGAGAACAGGCAGCAGCCCUGCACAAUCCACAUGACCGAGUUAUGGCCUUGAGGAGAGUGACUGCAGCAGCACAGGUCCUUCUAGCAAGGACCAUGGUCAUGAGAGCUCUUUCACUACUGUCUGUCAGUGGUUCUAGUUGCAGUCUGGCAGCAGGUCUGGAGUCUCUGGGAUUGACUGAUAUCAAGACAUUGGUUCGGUUGAUGUGCCUGGCGGCAGCCAGUAGAGCAGGUCUUUCUCCAAGUCCGGGUGUCAUCAGCACUUCAGAUCGUCCUCGUGGAGUUCAUAACAAAGUUAAUAAACCGAUUUCCUGCCUAGCCUACCUAAGCACAGCAGUGGGCUGUUUAGCUUCUAAUAAUCCAAGUGCCGCGAAGUUACUUGUUCAGCUGUGUACACAGAACUUGAUCUCAGCAGCCACAGGUAUGAAUCUCACUACUAUAGAUGAUCCCAUUCAGAGGAAAUUUCUACCCAGUUUCCUUAGAGGUAUUGCUGAGGAAAAUAAACUUGUGACAUCUCCAAACUUUGUCGUAACCCAAGCAUUGGUAGCAUUACUUGCUGACAAGGGAGCCAAACUGAGACCAAAUUAUGACAAGACAGAGAUGGAAAAAAGAGGCCCUCUGGAGCUGGCUAAUGCCUUAGCAGCUUGCUGCCUCUCAUCUAGGCUGUCUUCCCAGCACAGACAAUGGGCUGCUCAGCAGCUUGUUCGGACUCUUGCAGCACAUGAUCGUGAUAACCAAAGCAAACCACAGACUUAUGCUGAUAUGGCUGGGGACCUACGGAAAUGUCCAUUCACCAAGCUUGAAGCACACCAGAAUAGGGUGAUCACAUGUCAGUGGUGCAGUAAAAAGGGUCUCCUAGCAACAAGUGGCAAUGAUGGGACUGUUAGAGUGUGGAGUGUCACUAAAAAUCAUUACAUCUUACAACAAACAUGUGUCUUCAAUAAAACAGAAAUUAUUUCAGAAGACUUGGGCAGUCUGGGCUCUCCUUGUGAACCAAACUUGUCUCUCAUUUGUUGGAGCAUUAGUGGCAAAUAUAUUGCAGCAGCACUAGAAAAAGUGGUGAACAUCUGGCAAGUUACUGGUAAGGCACUUGAUAUUUUUGUAUUUUUUAAAGUGCAAUUCAUAUCGUUACCCAUCUUGAUUAGAAUGUCUAACUCCUCCUUGAAAACGUUCAACAUUAUGGCCUCCAACAUUUUCUGUGGCAAGUCGUGUAUUUACAAAUUUUGUUUGCUGUCUUUAGUUGCAGUAACAGCCAUUGCUUGGUAUACUGAAGAUAAACCAUUUGCAGUGGGAUAUGCAGAUGGAAAAAUGCUGAUUGGUACAAAAGAGCCUCUGGAGAAAGGAACAGUUGUUAUGAUCGAGGCAUUCAAGGAAACCAUCACAUGUAUGAAAUGGGACCCUUUAGGGAUGAUGCUAUUGACUUGUGCCAAAGAAAACACUGUCAAACUUUGGAGUUUUAUUUCUGGAACCUGGCAGUGUCUGCAUAAACUAUCUCAUCUGGCUAUGGUAAAUACUGUCGCCUGGUGUAGUCAACUAGGUAAAGGUUUCAAGUUGCAGCUCAUGUUGGCCAGUGGAUGUCAGAAUGGUUUGGUGUGUGUCUGGACUGUCCCGCAAGAGGUUUUCAAGGUUUCUCAGUCCACUUCCAGCAGCUCUGAUGAAUGGUGGGAACAAGAAUCCAAGAAUGAAGUGAAGAGUGGAUGUAAAAAUGUCGGAGAGGCAGCGUGCAUCUAUCAACUGAAGGGGCACAUCACUCCGGUGCGCACUGUAACCUUUAGCCCUGAUGGACUGGUCUUAGUAUCAGGGGGACUUGGUGGACUAAUGAACAUUUGGUCACUGCGGGAUGGUAGUGUGCUGCAGAGUGUUGUGACAGGGUCUGGUGCUAUUCAGAAUACAGCCUGGAUUCCUGAUGUUGGAGUUGCAGCUUGUUCCAAUAGGUCAAAGGAUGUGUUGGUAGUGAACUGCCCAGCUGAAUGGAUAGCUGCAAAUCAUGUUCUGGCAACAUGUAGAACUUCACUGAAAAAACAAGGAGUUGUUGGCUUAAGUAUGGCACCAUGUAUGAGGACCUUUCUUGAAAGGCUGCCAGUGAUGUUGCAAGAGCAAUAUGCAUAUGAAAAGCCUCAUGUCUUAUGUGGAGACCAACUUGUUCACAGUCCAUACAUGCAGUGUCUGGCCUCCUUAGCUGUAGGUCUUCAGCUAGAUCGACUCUUGUGUAGUCCACCAGUGCCACCUCAUCAUACUAGUUGCCCCCCUGACCCUGCGAACUGGAACUCCUCAGAGUGGUCCUGGUUAGAAUGUUUCUCCACCACUAUUAAGGCUGCAGAAGCAUUAGCUAAAGGAGGGCCAUUCCCUGAAUGCUUCACUGUUCCAGAUCUAGAGCCUGCACCAGAAGAAGAACUAUGUCAUGUGAUGGAUAAUAGUAAAUGGUUUGCUGGAAUGGAUGAACAAAUUAUGUCGUGGGCAUCAUCACGACCAGAGGACUGGCACCUUGGUGGAAAAUGUGAUGUUUAUCUUUGGGGAGCAGGGCGUCACGGGCAGUUGGCAGAAGCUGGAAGAAAUGUAAUGGUACCAACUACUGCACCUUCUUUUUCACAAGCUCAGCAGGUAAUUUGUGGGCAGAACUGCACUUUUGUUAUCCAGGCUAAUGGAACAGUAAUGGCAUGUGGGGAAGGAAGUUAUGGUCGGCUAGGUCAAGGAAAUUCAGAUGAUCUUCAUGUAUUGACUGUCAUUUCAUCGUUACAAGGGUUUGUAGUAACACAGCUGGUGACUUCCUGUGGAUCUGAUGGACACUCUAUGGCUUUGACAGAAAGUGGUGAAGUCUUCAGUUGGGGUGAUGGGGAUUAUGGGAAAUUGGGCCAUGGAAAUAGUGAUCGACAGCGCAGACCUCGGCAGAUUGAGGCACUUCAGGGAGAGGAGGUCGUUCAGAUGUCAUGUGGCUUUAAACAUUCAGCGGUUGUUACUGCAGAUGGGAAGUUGUUCACAUUUGGAAAUGGUGACUAUGGUCGUUUGGGACUCGGUAACACAUCUAAUAAAAAGCUGCCUGAGAGAGUGAUAGCAUUAGAAGGCUAUCAAGUUGGACAGGUUGCAUGUGGUUUAAAUCACACUUUAGCUGUCUCUACCGAUGGGAUGAUGGUUUGGGCUUUUGGUGAUGGUGAUUAUGGAAAGCUUGGUCUUGGCAAUUCAACAGCCAAAUCAUCUCCCCAGAAAGUGGAUGUUUUGUGUGGCAUAGGAAUUAAAAAAGUUGCUUGUGGCACCCAGUUUUCUGUUGCCCUGACAAAAGACGGCCAUGUGUACACUUUUGGCCAAGAUCGCUUGAUUGGCUUGCCUGAGGGCCGUGCCCGCAAUCAUAACAGACCUCAGCCAGUACCUGCUCUGAAUGGAGUCUUUAUUGAGGACAUAGUUGUGGGUGCUGAGCACACACUGGGUCUUUCAACACCUGGAGAUGUUUAUGGCUGGGGCAGCAAUUCAGAAGGGCAGCUGGGUUUGGGUCAUACCAAUCAUGUAAGAGAGCCAACCCUAGUCACAGCACUCCAGGGAAGGAAUAUUCGACAGAUUUCAGCAGGACGUUGCCACAGUGUAGCAUGGACAGCUCCUCCAGUACCACCAAGAGCACCAGGUGUAUCUGUGCCUCUGCAGCUAGGUUUGCCAGACUCCAUUCCACCCCAGUAUAGCUCUUUGAAGGAAACAAAUAUUGAAACAAUCAGGGCCAGGCUACGUUUGCUGUACCACUUCUCAGAUCUCAUGUACUCCUCAUGGAGGUUACUUAACCUGAGUCCAAACAAUCAGAACAGCACAUCUCACUACAAUGCUGGAACAUGGGGAAUAGUCCAGGGACAAUUAAGACCAUUGCUGGCACCAAGAGUGUACACUCUUCCUAUGGUACGUUCCAUUGGAAAGACAAUGGUCCAAGGCAAAAAUUAUGGCCCUCAGAUUACAGUAAAAAGGAUUUCUACCAGAGGUCGCAAGUGUAAGCCCAUCUUUGUACAGAUUGCUAGGCAAGUAGUUAAACUCAACGCAUCAGACUUGCGGUUACCUUCACGUGCCUGGAAGGUGAAACUGGUGGGCGAGGGUGCUGAUGAUGCUGGUGGAGUAUUUGAUGACACCAUCACAGAGAUUUGUCAAGAGCUUGAGAUGGGGAUAGUAGACCUUCUCAUUCCUACUCCAAAUGUCACAGCUGAAGUUGGCUACAACAGAGACAGAUUCCUCCUGAACCCUUCAGCGUGUUCAGAUGAGCACCUAAUGCAGUUCAAGUUUUUAGGAAUUCUUGUGGGUGUUGCCAUUCGUACAAAGAAACCAUUGGAUCUCCACUUAGCACCAAUGGUAUGGAAGCAGCUUUGCUGUAUUCCACUUUCAUUGGAAGAUCUUGAGGAAGUGGACUUGCUUUAUGUGCAAACACUUAACAGCAUUCUUCACAUUGAAGAAGGUGGGAUAACUGAGGAGAAUUUUCAUGAGAUGAUACCCCUUGAUUCUUUUGUGGGUCAAAGUGCUGAUGGUAAAAUGGUUCCGAUUAUCCCUGGUGGGAAUAGUAUCCCACUCACCUUUUCCAAUAGGAAGGAAUACGUGGACAGGGCAAUUGAAUACCGGCUGCAUGAAAUUGAUCGGCAAGUAGCUGCAGUUCGAGAAGGGAUGUCUUGGAUCAUUCCAGUUCCCCUGCUGUCUCUCCUUACUGCUAAGCAGUUGGAACAAAUGGUUUGUGGGCUGCCCGAAAUCUCUGUAGACGUUCUAAAAAAGGUUGUACGGUAUCGAGAGGUAGAUGAGCAACAUCAGUUGACACUGUGGUUCUGGCAGACACUGGAGGAAUUCUCCAAUGAAGAGCGAGUUCUUUUCAUGCGUUUUGUGUCAGGCCGAUCUCGUCUGCCAGCAAACACUGCCGAUAUCUCUCAGCGAUUUCAGAUUAUGAAAGUUGAUAGGCCUUACGACAGUUUGCCUACCUCACAAACUUGCUUCUUUCAGUUGCGUCUACCUCCAUACUCCAGUCAGGCAGUCAUGGCGGAGCGGUUACGCUAUGCUAUCAACAACUGCAGAUCCAUAGAUAUGGACAACUACAUGCUGUCUCGUAAUGUGGACAAUGCAGAAGGCUCUGAUACCGAUUACUAAUUGAACAAAACUGCUGCACCAAGGGGCAAUGGUUAGCAAAGUCAAUGGUAUUGCAAGUAUAAGUGACUACUGCAGCUAUAGUGAAGAACCCAGAAUAUUUUAAUUGUAUAUGAACUUGAAGAAAAUUGAAUGUGAUCAAUGUUAUUGUUUGAUUUUAAUUUCAACUAUAAGCAGGUUUAAAAAAGUUCUCCUGAUAUUUGUUUUUGUUCAUUUUUAAUAGGUUUGCAUGGAGAUAUUUUGGUGCAUUUUUGAGUGGUAUAGAUGACCCCUCCAAGUGUUGGGGGCUAUGAAAUUAAAGUUUAACAGAAAAUGUACAUUGUGUAUAAUUGUUCAUGAGGGAGAGCAAUUUUACAUAAAUAUUCUUAUAUUUAUUUUUGUUUUAAUUUGCAUUGCCUGUGCUGAGUUUCCUAUCAGAACGACAUCCAAAACAAUAAAGCAUUAAUUUAAAGCCAUUGUGUUUGUGCAUUACUUCAAGCUGUUCUAAUCAAUGAUUUUAAACCUUUGGGUAUAUUUUUUAACCCAGAGUAAAUUGUUUAAAAAUAUAUUUAAUCGGGUUAAGAAUUACCAAAAUAGGACUUGUGCAGAUUUCACAGUAAAAACCGCUGAAGAUCAUCAGAUGCUUUCAGCACAAGAGGCUAUGCCACCUGUUGUGUCUAGGAUUUCCUGGAAGAAAUGUUCAACUAAUUUCACACCCACUGUGUAACUUGUUUGUUAAACACUAUUUUCCCUCAAUAAAUCUCAUCUUACUUUCUUGAAGUAAUC